GCUAGUUGGGGAGAGCUGGUUUGCUGGCCACCCAAUGCCACUCGUUGCGCGUCCCUAUAAUUUGGAGAGGUGUAUGCAGCGCACGGCCCGCUCGCCUUUCCAGGUGGAAAUCCAGGAGGAGCCGAGAGCAAUUUUGAACCGGGACCACUGCUACUGAACCCGGUUCAGGACAGGUGAAAUUCCCAGCAGGCUGGCAGUUUAAGGGCCACGGGAUCGAUUGUUCUUCAAGUGUGGGGAUCAGCGAACGCAAACUAUCCGCUUGGGUCAUGGAUAAAGGCCAGCGUGUGAAACUGGGAGGCUGAACUCGGGAGUUUCAGGGAUGUUUACGCACGUUGGAUUCACGUGUUUACAUCCGAUCUUCAGCUAUUUUUUAAGUCAAUCUAAAAUGAUAAUGAACACGAAGCAAAGCCGAUUGCUGCUUCUCUAAGUCGCCAUUAUUUGACACGUGUGAGGACAUCCUACAGAGGCGCCGAAAAUGAAGGAGAAAUCCAAAACGGCCGCAAGGACUAGACGGGAAAAGGAAAACAGUGAAUUUUAUGAACUGGCUAAAAUGCUGCCUCUUCCGUCGGCCAUUACCUCCCAGCUCGACAAAGCAUCCAUAAUAAGGCUGACAACAAGCUACCUAAAGAUGAGGAUUGUUUUCCCGCAGGGACUUGGUGAGGCUUGGGGUCACACGAGUCGAACAAGAUCUUUGGACAACAUUGGACGGGAACUUGGAUCUCAUUUAUUGCAGACGUUAGAUGGAUUUAUAUUCGUCGUGGCUCCAGAUGGGAAAAUUAUGUACAUCUCAGAGACAGCGUCGGUUCAUUUAGGACUGUCUCAGGUAGAGUUGACCGGGAACAGCAUUUAUGAGUAUGUCCAUCCUGCCGACCAUGAUGAGAUGACAGCAGUGUUGACGCCACAUCAGCCCUAUCACUCACAUUUCGUGCAAGAAUAUGAAGCGGAACGUUCUUUCUUUUUGCGGAUGAAAUGUGUGCUGGCAAAAAGAAAUGCUGGACUAACCAGUGGUGGAUACAAGGUCAUCCACUGCAGCGGCUACCUGAAGAUCCGUCAGUACAGUCUGGACAUGUCACCUUUCGAGGGCUGCUACCAGAAUGUGGGACUGGUGGCUGUGGGUCACUCUCUGCCGCCCAGCGCUGUGACGGAAAUAAAACUGCACAGCAACAUGUUUAUGUUCAGGGCCAGUCUGGACAUGAAGCUCAUCUUUCUGGACUCAAGGGUAGCUGAGCUGACGGGUUAUGAGCCCCAGGACCUUAUAGAGAAAACCUUGUACCAUCAUGUUCACAGCUGUGAUAUCUUUCACCUCCGCUGUGCUCAUCAUCUGUUGCUGGUAAAAGGCCAGGUCACUACUAAGUAUUACCGUUUCCUUGCCAAGCAUGGUGGCUGGGUCUGGGUCCAGAGUUACGCCACCAUUGUCCACAACAGUCGUUCUUCAAGACCUCAUUGUAUCGUCAGUGUCAACUAUGUUCUCACGGACACUGAAUAUAAAGGAAUGCAACUUUCCUUGGACCAAAUGAGCCCCACAAAACCGGCUUUCCCCUAUGCUGACAGUCACAGCGAGGACAGAAAAACAACCAAGUCUCGUCUCACCCAGUCAAAGGCAAAAUCCCGUGUGUCACCUUACCCCCAGCAAUUUGCAGCUUUUAAUCCAGAGCGUUCAGAAUCUGACCAAGACAGCCAAUGGGGAGGGAGCCCCCUGACAGAUUCAGCCUCUCCUCAAUUGCUGGAUCCGAGCGAGGCAGCCGAGGCAUCUUGCGCCUACAGACUGUAUCCAGACUCUGGCUCCCUGUGCUAUGGUCUGGGUUUAUCUGAAGAUGAUCUCGCCCACACCCAAACUCACCCUCACACCACCACCUGCGACCGUGUCCGAUGCCAAGGAGGCCGCUAUUUCCUUGGAACCCCUCAGUCAGGCCGAGAGAUGUGGUGGGACACCACACGUUCUGUGCUAUCGCUUCCAAAAUUCUCUGUGGACAGCAGUGAGGGCUAUGAAAUCACAUCCUACCAUGGCGCCAUCCAUGGACGGGGCCACUGGGAUGAAGACAGUAUUGUUAGUUCCCCCGAUGGAGGUGGGUCCACCAGUGAUUCGGGUGAGCGCUAUCACGGUGAUCAGUUCCAAUCAAGUCCUCGAGAACCAAGCAAGAUGGAGACCCUGAUCAGAGCCACGCAACAAAUGAUUAAAGAGGAAGAGAAUCGCUUGCAACAACAGAAGGUGCUGCUGGAUGUCUCAGGCCUCACCAAAACUCACAGUCCAUGCUUCGCCACCUCCAUACCCCAUCAUCCUCAGCUCAACAUGCCCAGCGUGGUAUGUCGUGGCCCUGGAGCUACCAGCAUUGAGCUCCCAUCUGAGCGCCUUCAUCACCGGGAUGCCGUCAAAGCGCUUGGCCCCCAUGACAACGACGAAAACACAACUAGCCCAGUGUCAGUGUCUCGCCUCAGCAGCCCUGGCUCUGAUGGUGUUCCCAGGUCCAGCCUCCCUCUAACCAAAGACUAUAUGCCAACAGAUUUGUCCCCUCACCCUGCACAAGCCCACGGGAGUCCGCUGCUCUAUCCUGCCCAGGAGCGGCAGCAGAUGGACAGGCAAGCGGCUUAUGCUUUGACAGGGUAUUCCCUGGAGCACCUGUACGACCCAGAGAACUUGCGGAGUUAUUCUAGCCUGGCAUGUGGUGGAGUCCAGUAUGAUGGGGCAUCUCACGUGAGGAUGCAGGCAGAGCAGAUGCAAGGACACAAGGCCACCUCAGUUAUCAUUACAAACGGCAGCUGACAGUUUUUGGUGCAGAUUGGUCAGGUUGUCUAAAUGAGGACGUUUCAGCGGAUGGUGAUGUGGGCAUGAGCAUUACUUACCAGAUGCUUAGUUCAAGAGAGAAGAUUUUGACAAGAGGAUUCAAGAAACUUUGUUGUUAUGGGACCGAUGUUCUCCUGGUGGUCCAUUGAGCACUGCUUAUAAAUGUCAGGCCCUUGCAUAUUCCAAAGCUCAAAGGAAAUAUUGUUUAUACACUGCCUGGCACUGGGAAGACAACAACAGGAAAAUUGCUGUUAUUUUAACAGCGGUGAACUGCAGUACCCUCCCACCAGAAGGCUGGUUAAACAUCAAGCAAAUGUUUCUAUCCCGCUCCCCUCACGCAUCGUUGAACAUCUGAGUUAAUCUGUCCAGGACAUGAUUUCCUCAGACUGUAGGAAAAUGUGUUGUUCCAUUGCCCUUUUACCUGAAAAACUCCUUAAAUGCAUUAAAAUGCAACACCGGAAAGACCUGCAGACAGACAAGCAUUUCACUGUUGUAAGAUGUCAAUGUUUCCUUGUAUUUAUUAGUCAGUGGACUGUUUUUCUGCAUGUGCCAUUAUUUUCAGUCGCAAUAGAAUUAUUUUCUGGUGCCAAUAAAACAGUUUCCGUGAUUGGAUCAGACCAUCAUUACCAUAUUAAAUUAAAAGAAUAUAUAAAGUGGAAAAACAAAAUGAAAAAUCUACAUGUAAAUGAGCUGAAUUUGCAGGACAGCAAGGCACAGAGUGAAAAUUUGGUUGCAGCUAAAAAUGUUAUGCAUAUCAAGGUAUUUUUAUUUAAAUUUUAGUUUACUUGAUUUGACCAUGUUGCUGAAAAUGCUUUAAAUUACAAAAUUAUCCUUCACCUGCAAGUUUUCUCAAAGCAAAGCAUUCUACGGGGUUAAUCUUAUCAGUAAAAACUUUCAAAAAAGUAUUUGUUUUCUCAUUUAAUUUUUGGUUUAAAAAAUAUAUUUGUAUAAUAUAUUUACUUGUUAAAAAAGUUAAAAAAAAAAAGUAUUUAUUAAUUGGCUCAAAUUGUCACCUAAAACCUGAAGACUGCUUCAAACAAAACAUAAAUGAUCUAUGCUGAUAUUGUUGUCAUCUACACAGACACUCAAUGCAUCUGCCCAAUACCUCUGAUAUUUGAUAGAAAUAUUGAUGUAUGUAUAGUAUUUAAGUUUAUUAGUUGUGUAUUUUUGUUUUCACGUUUAAUUUAAUUUUUAGCCAUUUUGUAAAAUUCGACAGUAAAGGAAGAAUGAUAUAGUCUUA